AUGUUUCUCACCGUUACGCUCGUCGUGAGUGCGGUCACGUUAAUUUACGUAUACCUUUCCUGGUACAGUAACUACUGGAGGAAGCGUGGAGUUCCGGGCCCUGCACCAAGGCUAUUGCUGGGUAACUUUCCUAGCUUUGUUCUACGCCAUCGUUCAUUCGUCGAAGAAAUUGAGGAAAUUUACAAUAAAUACCGAACGCGUGGUAAUUUUGUCGGUGUAUUCAAUGGACGUCAGCCGACGAUUAUGGUCCUGAACCCAACGAUGGUUAAAGAUGUAUUAAUCAAAGACUUUAAGAACUUCCAAGACAAUGAAUUCGCGGACUCGGUCAACAAAGAGAGUGAUCCCAUCUUUGGCCGUAAUCCAUUUAUGCUGAAAGGCGAGGAGUGGAAACAGAAGCGUGCAGAAGUCACACCAGCCUUCACUACAUCGCGAAUGAAGUCUCUAUUCCCGCUGAUCGAGGAUGUCGCUCGGCGCGCCCAAAAGUAUAUUAAUAGCAAUACGAAACAACCAAUUGAAACACGGGAAUUAUGUGCCAAGUAUACGACCGACGUCGUCUCGAGCUGUAUCUUUGCGGCGGAUGCACAAUCGUUCACCAGCGAUAAACCCGAAAUUCGUGAAAUGGGCCGGCAGUUGUUGGAACCGAACUUCCAAAUCAUGCUGAUGUUUUUUUUGGUGGGUUUCCUACCAUCACUGAAGAAAAUGAUUCCAGUUUCGAUCGUCCCAAAACAUGUUGAGCGGUUUUUCACGCAACUGAUGGAAGAUGCUGUGGCGUAUCGCGAGAAGAACAAAAUACAGCGAGCUGAUUACCUCGACUAUCUAAUAAGCUUAAAGUCGAAAAAGAGCCUUAACACGCUAGACAUGGCUGCCCACGGUGUGUCGUUUUUCGUGGACGGUUUUGAGACAUCGAGCCUGGGAAUGAGCUUCGCACUAUACGAGUUGGCCCGUAAUCCGGAGGUACAGACGAAACUGCGCGAAGAACUGUUGGCCGCUCGCAAUGAAAACGGCUCGGUAGAUUAUGAAACGUUGCUCGAGCUACCGUAUCUCGAUCAAGUGCUGAACGAAUCACUACGCCUUUGGCCUCCAGCCGCCUUCCUAUCGAAGGUUUGCACCAUUCCGACGGAGCUGGAGCUAACCCCUGGGAAGAAGGUAUCGGUCGAACGUGGCAUGUCUGUAAUGAUACCCGCUUGGUCACUGCAUCGUGAUCCUGAUUGCUUCGAAGAGCCAGAACGCUACAAUCCCGAUCGUUUCGCGCCUGAAACCGGCGGCACUAAACCGUUCCGCGAGAAAGGAUGCUUCAUACCAUUCGGUGAUGGGCCACGCCAGUGUUUGGGCAUGCGCUUCGCUCAGAUGCAGGUUAAACGUGGUCUGUUCGAAAUCAUCACCAAGUACGAGCUGUCGGUCAAUCCGAAAACCGAACAUCCGAUUAAACUGGACCCGAAGGCGUUUAUCGUGUGUCCACUGAACGGACUUUGGUUAGAUUACAAACCAAUCACUGUCUAG